UUUAAAUCCCAAAAGAACAAAGCGAAAACAAAAGGCCAAAACACACAUACACAAAACAUUCACAGAUCUAAGAUCCAAAAUCCGAAUGCCCAAUUUCCGUUUCUUCAUCUAAGAGUGUGUGAAUAAUAACAAUAAAGUUUUAGAAGAGAGUAUCAACCAACCAUGUCAAGGAGGCAAGUAACUUCCACGCGACGCUUUGUCGACACCGGAAACUUUCCCUUCGCUGGUGCCUUACAUUCCAAAUCCCGAUCUUCUCCUAUUUUGUCCAUCGGUCUUGUCGUUGUGGGAGCUAUCCUUCUUAUUGGCUAUGCCUAUAGUGGCUCAGGUAAAUUCCGAGGUGAAGCAGUCAGCCGGAUCGAAGGUGACUAUUCAUGCACACUAGAAGUUCAGAGGGCAAUACCUUUUUUAAAGAAGGCCUAUGGUGACAGCAUGCACAAGGUUUUGCACAUAGGCCCUGAUACCUGUUCAGUGGUCUCUAAACUUUUGAAAGAAGAGGAAACUGAGGUCUGGGGCGUGGAACCGUAUGACAUAGAGGAUGCUGAAGCAAAUUGCAAGAGUCUUGUGCGCAAAGGCAUUGUCCGUGUGGCAGAUAUCAAGUUCCCUCUUCCCUAUAGGCCAAAGUCAUUUUCUCUUGUUAUUGUGUCAGAUGCCCUUGAUUAUUUGUCUCCAAAAUACCUGAACAAGACUCUUCCUGAGUUGGCAAGGGUGGCCUCUGAUGGUCUAGUUGUUUUCACAGGUUACCCUGGUCAUCAGCGGGCUAAAGUGGCAGAAUUAGCCAAAUUUGGGCGGCCGGCUAAAAUGCGGAGUUCAUCUUGGUGGAUUCGCUUUUUUGUCCAGACCAGUUUAGAAGAAAAUGAAGCUGCCAUUAAGAAGUUUGAGCAGGCUGCAUCAAAGAGGUCAUACCAGCCAGCUUGUCAAGUGUUCCACCUUAAUCCAUACCACUGAUAUAAGAGGAAUUCAUUAGGAUCAAAUUUCAUUUAUUCCGGUUGUCAUGCAUUAAAGGUGAAGUAAAAAAUAUCUUCAGCUCUCAUAUGAAAUCUAGCCUGUCAGGUAACUAAUUUUGGUAAAAGAGAUGUUGGUAUCACUAGUUUUGUGCCCUUAACAUUACAAACUUGAUAUUUAUUAAUUUAAUUGAUGGGAAAUUUACGGUUAUUUGUUUUUCAUACAUGCAUUUCUAUCUUAUUUUAAUUUGUACCUGUGGAAGUCGUCCAGCUUUGCGUUAGGGAAUGCAGCUCUUUUUACCACUAUUUCUAUUUGUCUUCAUUUUCUAUUUUAGUUCCCGACCUGUCCAGUAGUCUAGCUCUUCAAACAUCCAAUCCUCUCCUAACCAUUUCCUGGAACAAAGCUAAUGCUUUCGCACCCCUUUAAUGCCUGCCCAUACGCCACGUUCAUCGAAUUCCGGGACACUUCAUCUUUACCCUCUCCCCUCUCAUGUAACCCCCGCUUCGCCUCCUCUAA